GCACACUGCCCUGUCAACCUCCAUCCGGCAAUUAAGAUGUAGACUGCAAAACAUCUAGUAUGAUUUGUUGAUCGGCCAAGUCACGCUGCACGGUUACUCUCACCUUCACCUCACGCCGCUGGACCCGCCAAGGCUGCCCCUUCCCUUUCGGUCAACAACGAGCUCCAACUUCCCAACUCCACUUCCACCGCCUCCUCAACGCUCUGUGAGCAGCCUCUAGCCACUCAUUUCCUUCUAGCGUACGGCAUCGCACGGUAUGCAGCUGCGUUGUUGAAGCUUCUGUCGUUUGACUUCUUCUCCUACUUUCUGUUUGUAUUUACAUCAGCUUUUUUUCCGUACUCACCAGCAUGGGUGACAUAGCCCCGCCGCCGCUGGAGGCAGCGAGCUCGAACGACGAGCUGGCGUCCAAGGGCUCAGAGCUGUCAACAACGUCACCUGCAGGCUCAGAUAAGACCUUAACUCCACCACGUUUGCGCUCCACCAGCAAUGUCGAGCCGCAAUUGGGUGGUGGAAGCGCGAUGUUCAGCACAGAUCUCGGCCGGCGGGCGCCUCGUAGGUUCCAGAGUCCGCCAUAUGCACCAGUCCUCGUGCGCAGCGACAUAGUUAGGGACGUCGUCACUGCUGCAGGCUACUGGCGCAGCAAGUACCCUCACCAGUAUCUGUGCAUCUUCCCACGAGCCGGCUGGCAGAUAGGCGAUCUUUGGGACAAGGAAGACGUUCACCGCGAGACGGAGCCUUUCUGCAAGGAAGUGCUGCGGUUCAUUGAGCGCGACAACUGCGUUCGUGCACAGAACUACGUGCAAGAUUGGUCCAAGUUACAUCCGGAGCGUCUGCCCAUUGUCGGCGGUGACAUGACUGAGCUCUACGAUAAGAGCAAUCCUCUUUCGGUUGUGGACAAGAUCUUCGUCAACGAGGAGAGGCGACAGUACCCUCCUAUCUUCCUUUGGCACGUCGCGCACAUCAUGCGUACAACUAUGCUUACGGUCAAGGGCGCGAAGCUGCCGGUUAAAAAACCAAGUGUUCCUGAGCGCUUGGACACGGGACAUAAGGAUCCUGUCGCGCAUGGCACUGCUCCAAUUCCAGCGACAGUCGAAGGCACAGCGAUAUUGCCUGUUGCUUCUAGCACCACUGCGACUUCAUCAACUCAUGUCGUCAACCCAGCGGCGUCAAUGUCUGGUCAACAGCCAAUCCCUGCGUGGCACUCAGACCGAACAUCGCCUCCUUUCUUGUCCGAUGCCCCGCCCGCCCACGGUCGCUUUGCUGACCCCAUAGAAGGUGGUGGCUAUACUGAAACUGUGGGACACAUGAUGCCAGGUGUUCCGGGACAUGAGGUGGGCGGUCCGAAUGCUGCUCACUCUGGCUUGCACGUCCCCAGGAACAGAUCGGCACGCUCCGCAUCUGGUACGUACAACCAGACCGUGCCAUCAGGCCUGUAUGUCGAGAACAUGCCUCGUGCUCCAUCUGGACACGGCCCCCGUCAACAUGCCAACACUAUACCAAUGACACAGUCACCACGCUUCAACCAGGCGCACAUGACGUUGAACCACCCGAUGGUCAAGAUCCAUCAUGGUAUAAUUCCCUUUGCUCACGAGCAAGCCCGCAUGACACCUGGGAUGAUUGCAGGUCAAGCACACGCUCCCGGUGUUAUGCACCCUGGCAUGAUGCCCCCUCACGCGAUGCAGAACCCUUCGAUGACGCAUGGUUACUCUCGACAACCUUCAGGCUUGCAGAGUACACCAUAUGCCGGACCUAUGGGAGACGUGACGAACAUGCACUACUCCCCGGGCAUGCCCUCGCAGAACAUCGACCCACGACACCCAGGUGAUCGUCGCUUCAGUCAACAGCAUGGAAACGGCAGCGCAUUGUACGACCCCUACGAGGGCAGUAAUCCAGCUUUUAGGACUGUGGGAUACUCUAAUGGAAAGAAGUACAGCCAGAAUAGCCUCCACAAUUCCACUGGCCGCCAGCGCAAAACAUCCUUCCCAGGUAGCCGACCCUACCAUGGCCAGUACACGAAUGAUCGGCCUGGCUUACUGCAAAUGGGCGGCAAUCGCUUCUUUGGGCCGAAACCUGACCGUGAGGAUGAUCCCGCAAUCACACAAGACCAAGAGUAUGGCUGCUAUAUUGAUUGGAUCGGUCCUCGGAACGAAACCGUGAAUGAGCUGUUCGUAAAAGACUUGCCAGAAAACAUCCAGGAUGCUGAGCUGGAAGCUCUGUUCCUUGGAAGGCUGGGUGUCAAGCCUACAUCGGUCAAGGUAAAGAGUGCUGAGCAUGCCCAGUACGCUCAGGGCCGAAAGCAUGCUUUCGUUGGGUCAGUUACUUACACACACUGGUUGGAUCACUGAAGUACAACUCUGACAAAUUCAGGUUCCCUGAUGCUGCGAUCGCUAAACAAGCGUUCCUCAUGCGCGAUCCUACCAUCCGUGGACUACCAAUCUCGAUCACAGUUCCUAAGCGGUUCUUUCAGAAGACGGUGGAUGUCCAAUCACGAGAUACGAUCGAGGCAGGAUCCUCUGCCUACUCUCGAUACACUAGCAACCCGAACAAUCGUGAAGGUCGCAACCGUGUGUCCUCAAUCAACCACGACAGUGAUGUCACAGCAUCCACUGCUGCAAGCAAGGACAAUCUAUCCUACUCUCCACAGGACGCAAGGAGCGACUUGCCCAAGAAGAAGAAGGGCAAGCAGCCACAACAGGCUUCGUCAGCCGCCGGGAGUCCCGAAAUACGGAAGGCGAAGCUGAAAAAGCGCCAGGAAUCACCGACGAAGGAGAAGCUUGCUGGA